AUAUCUCAAAGGGUCGACUGCGGAAAAAUGUUGAAAGUGGCGAUGGAGGCUGCCGAUCAAUUAAAUCAUCUGCCUUUGUCACCAUCACCACUACCUGCACUGCCAACUCAGGCACCGCUUGCGGAUGAAAGACCGCUUGCCCCGGUGGAUCAAAGACCGCUUGCCCCGGCGGAUCAAGGACCGCUUGCCCCGGCGGAUCAAGGACCGCCUGCCCCGGCGAAUCAGGCCCCGCCUGUCUCGGUGGCUCAGACCCCGCCUGUCUCGGUGGCUCAGACCCCGCCUGUCUCGGCGGCUCAGACCCCGCCUGCCUCGUUGGCUCAGACCCCGCCUGCCUCGUCGGCUCAGACCCCGCCUGCCUCGGACACUCAGACCUCGUCUGUCUCGGCGGAUCAAACAUUGCUCACCACAGAGGAAAAAAAAAGUAAGUUAUAUAGUCUCGAUGGCAAAAAGCUGGCCAACGCCGUGGAAGAGCACGGUGGUGGUGGGGUGGAGGGCGAGGAAGAGGUCAGCGUGGAGGACGAGGAAGAGGUCGGGGUGGAGAACGAGGUGGAGGAAGACGUGGUGGAAGAGGGCGAUAAACUUGAUUAUGGAAUUAACAAAGAUAACAACAAUUAG